AUGGCCCUCCUCCGCCCCGCCAUUCUAGUCGUCUCCGACACCGCGGCCUCGGACCCGUCCACGGACAAAGCAAUCCCCACGCUCAGCGACGUGCUCGCCCAGGACGGAGCUGGGAAGUGGACCGACCCGUUAACAGCGAUCGUAAAGGACGACGUGCUCGAGAUCCAGAGGGCUGUCCGCUCCUGGACGGACACGGAGAAUGAUAGUACGGUCAACCUGGUCAUCACGACCGGCGGCACCGGCUUCGCCAGGCGAGAUUUCACCCCCGAGGCGAUCGCGCCUCUCCUGCACAGACAAGCUCCGGGGAUCGUGCACGCCAUGCUGGCGGCCUCGUUCCAAGUGACGCCCUUUGCGAUGAUGGCUCGACCCGUCGCGGGCGUACGCAACAAAUCGAUUGUCAUCACCCUGCCGGGAAGUCCCAAGGGGGCCAAGGAGAAUUUGCAAGCAGUGGUGAAGCUCUUGCCGCAUGCGUGCUUUCAGGCUGCGGGGGAGGACUCGCGGGCUGCGCAUUCAGGUGGGCUGAAGAAGCUGGAGAGGGAGGCCGGUGUUGAUUCCUCAUCUUCGGCAGGGAAUGGUGCUCCUCUGCCAGGCGGAGCUUCUACGGACAAUAAUUCCCAUUCACAUUCACACUCACAUUCACAUCAACAUGACCACAGUCACAGUCACGACCACGACCACAGCCAUUCGCAUGGCCAUGGCCACAGAAUCCCAAAGGCUCACACCACCCUCGAAGAACGACCACACCUCCAAUCCAAUGACCCCCGUCUCGGUGCCAGCAAGCGGUACCGCUCGUCACCCUACCCGAUGCUCAGCGUGGCGGAAGCCGUGUCGGUGAUUUUGGAGAAUACGCCCUGCCCCAAAGUCGAAGUGCGAGAUCUUUCACCCGACCUGGUAGGCUACGUGGUCGCCGAGGACAUCUACGCCAAGGAAGCCGUGCCGGCGUACCGAGCGAGCUUGGUGGACGGAUACGCCGUGAUCGUGGGGGACAAACGCGGCGCGGAUGUAGUACCGGUCGCCAAUGCGCAAUCUGUAUCUGGCACUGGCACCAAAGGCACCUUCCCCGUCGCCUCGGUGUCCCACGCCCAAGCCACAUCCCUCCCACCCCCUCUGCAGCCCGGCCAAAUCGCGCGCAUCACCACGGGCGCCCCGCUCCCCGAAAACGCCAACGCAGUAGUCAUGGUGGAAGACACCGUGAUCGCGACCCUCAGCCCCGACGGGCUCGAAGAGUCGACAGUCGAGAUCCUGACAGACAAGAUCGUCCCGGGCGAAAACAUCCGCGAACCGGGCUCAGACGUGCAACUCAACGACCUCGUCCUCGUAAAGGGCACCCAAUUGACGGCCCUGGGAGGCGAGAUCGGCGUCCUCGCGGCUUGCGGCACGCGCAAGGUGCCCGUCUACCGCAAACCGCGCGUCGGCGUGCUCUCCACGGGCGACGAAGUCACGGACAUAACACACCCGGGCCCGCUCACGGGCGGGAUGAUCCGCGACAGUAAUCGACCCGCACUGCUGAGUGUACUCCGCGGAUGGGGCCUGUGCGAGGAAGUCGUGGACCUGCACGUCGCGCGCGACACGCCCGCUUCGGAACUGGAGCUCAAGCUGCGUGACGCGUUCCGACUACGCGGUGUCGACGUGGUGGUCACGACGGGCGGCGUGAGCAUGGGCGAGCUCGACCUGCUGAAGCCGACGAUCGAGCGCGCCCUAGGCGGGACCGUCCAUUUCGGGCGAGUCAGCAUGAAGCCGGGGAAACCGACAACGUUUGCGAGCGUGGAGAUUAAGAAUGGCGAUCUUGGUUCGGGCACCGCUGGCACCGCUGGUGCCGCCACACCCGCCUCAAGCGAGCCCAACGGUGACUCCCGCCGCCGUCACCUCAUCUUCGGCCUCCCCGGCAACCCCGCCAGCGCCCUCGUCACAGCCAACCUCUUCCUCCUCCCCUGUCUACAAAAACUCGUCGGCAUCCCCUCUCCGACGGGCCUCCCUCGCGUGGUAGUCCGCGCGGCAGGGAAAUUGCGGUGCGACCCCGCGCGCACGGAAUACCAUCGCGCCGUCGUCUCGGACGACGGACACGGCCGGCUCGUCGCGCGGAGUACGGGCAUGCAGCGGAGUUCACGGGUCGGGAGCGUCGCCAGCGCGAAUGCCCUGCUCGUUAUGCCUAGUAGGGAGGGCUUCGUUGAGGAGGGGGCCGAGUGUGAGGCUUUGAUGAUGGGGUUGGUUAGGGGGUUUUGA